AUGUCUCCUCCGGUACAACCAACGAUGAAAUCUGCAUUGUCAUCAUCACAACAAACUAAAGUUCAUUCUAUGGCUAAUCCAAGAAAACCCGUGCAAUUAUACCGACCUAUUUCUCCGCUACAGCAGACUAAAACUCUAUCUAUAUCUUCACCAACACUUAACUCAUCAAGACCUUUGUCUCCCACACAAAAAUCAACACGACCUAUAUCUCCUUCAAAGCAACAACUUACUCCACAAUUAACGAAAUAUCAAUCUCUUCUUCCUCCGUCGAUAUCUCCACCAGAUACUCCACCACAAUCUCCACGGUUGCAAGUACAUUCAGUGAAUUCUCUGGGUCAUCAACGAUCUCUACCUUUGAUUCGACCGACGCAAUCACAGUCAUUAUCCCUUCAAUCACAAGAAAGAAGGAAUUCACAACCUUCAUCUCCAGUACAUGAAGAUUUCUACAGGUUUCCGUCACCACCAAAAUCUCCAAAAUCUCCAAAAUCUCCAAAACUACAAAUUCAUGCCUCCUCUGUUGCUCCAAGUGUUAAUCCAAAAUCACCUGAAAAUACAUCUCCCGUCUUAGAGCCUUUUAACUUAAAACAAAAACAUUUAUUCACUUUGGUGUCAAGGGCUGACUUAGCGUUAAUAUCCGGUUGGAUCGAUGAUUCCGCGAAUACAAAAGAAAUACAUGAUGAGAUAUUAGAAAAUAGUUUAGCUUGUAAAUAUAAUAUAAGUAAUCGUAAUUUGAUAAUGAAUACUACUCCAAUGAAACAUAAAUCAUCGUUUAGUAGAGUUUCUCAGUCAAAGUAUGCGGUGAGCUUGGGUAAGAAUACAGGACCAGCGUUUGGGACUACGGAUUUAAUAAUGAAAGAUGGUGAAGUUAAAUGUAAACCUGAUUGCUACUCUUUAGAUUUAUUAGAAAAAAUUGAUGGAGUCAUGGAUUUCUUUGAUAAUGAAUAUGUAAAGACUUAUAAGAUAGAGGAAUAUGAGGUAUAUCUUGUGUUGAAGAAGAAAUAA